AAACACUGAACACACCAGAAGGCACACGAGCUGAGAAGGUUGGAGAGCCUGGCUCUAGACUAUGAAUAUUUCCGAGAUGGCGCUAGACGACGACUUCACUAACAGCUCCUUCAACUGUACGAUUGACAGCUUCAAGCAAGUCAUUUAUCCCACCAUGUAUCUCUUUAUCUUCUUCCUGGGUGCUGUUGGAAAUGGCCUCUCCAUUUAUGUUUUCUUCCAGCCUUCGCAGAGGAAGACCUCAGUAAACAUUUACAUGCAGAACUUGGCUGUUUCGGAUCUCAUGUUUGUGAGCACUUUGCCCUUUCGGGCCACAUAUUUCUUGUUGGGAUCUCGUUGGAUAUUUGGUGAUAUCAUCUGCAGGAUCAUGACUUACACCUUGUACGUGAACAUGUACUGCAGCAUUUAUUUUCUCACCGUGCUCAGCGUGGUUCGUUUCACAGCCAUCGUCUACCCGUUCAAACACUGGAAAACAACCAACAUGAAGUAUGCCAGGAUAACAUGCGCAGCCAUAUGGGUCUUCGUGCUGGCAGCCUCCAGCCCCCUGUUAAGCAAGGGAAUCGCUGGGUACAGCAACCCAGCCAAGUGCUUGGACCUCCACCCCUCCAACACACACAGGCUCCUCAUGAUGAACAGCUUUGUCCUCAUCGUGGGCUUCAUUCUGCCGUUUUGCACAAUUAUUGUCUGCUACAUCUUUGCAAUCAAAGCGUUGCUCAAGUCCAGGACUCCGCAGUGCAAGAAGGCGGUCUGUCACAAGAAGGCACUGUCAACCAUCAUCAUCACUCUCAUCCUCUUCCUCCUCUGUUUCCUGCCGUAUCACGUACUGCGAACUGUCCACCUGAUGCGCAGCAGCUGCAGCCAGGCCAAUCUGCCCGUGCACAAAGCACUGGUGGUCACUCUCUGCCUCGCUGCCAUGAACAGCUGCCUCGAUCCCGUCCUCUAUUACUUCGCUGCUGAAAAUUUCAAAGCGAGAAUCAGGAGUCUGUACUGCAGGUAG